AUGUCCAAGAAACUUGAGCAGGUUUUUCAACAAAUAUGUGCCAGUGUGCAAAAUCAAGCAAGUGUGAUGAUCCAAGAAGGAGUCCAAACUACCUACCUGGAAGACCUUCCACCUCUCCCUGAGUAUGAAUUGGCUUCAUCCAAGCUAGGAGAAGAAGUGGAUGAUGUUUAUCUCAUUCGAGCUCAAGGACUGCCAUGGUCAUGCAUUAUAGAAGAUUUGGUUAACUUUUUCUCAGACUGCAGAAUCCGAAAUGGUGAGAAUGGAAUACACUUCCUCUUAAACAGAGAUGGGAAACGAAGGGGUGAUGCCUUAAUUGAAAUGGAAUCAGAGCAGGAUGUGCAAAAAGCCUUAGAAAAGCAUCGCAUGUACAUGGGACAACGAUAUGUGGAAGUGUAUGAGAUAAACAACGAAGAUGUGGUUGCCUUAAUGAAGAGCCUGCAGAUCAAGUCUUCACCCAUGGUAAAUGAUGGUGUGGUUCGCUUGAGAGGACUUCCGUAUAGUUGCAAUGAGAAAGACAUCGUAGACUUCUUUGCAGGACUGAAUAUAGUAGACAUCACUUUUGUCAUGGACUACAGAGGGAGAAGAAAAACAGGAGAAGCCUAUAUGCAGUUCGAAGAACCAGAAAUGGCCAACCAAGCUCUGUUGAAACAUAGGGAAGAAAUUGGUAACCAUUAUAUAGAGAUAUUUCCAAGCAGAAGGAAUGAAGUCCGAGCACAUGUUGGUUCUCAUAAGGGAAAGAAAAUGGCAUCUUCUCCUACUGCUAAGUAUAUAACUGAGCCAGAAAUGGUCUUUGAAGAACAUGAAGUAAAUGAGGAUGUUCGACCCAUGACAGCUUUUGAAAGUGAGAAGGAAAUAGAACUGCCUAAGGAGAUGUCAGAAAAGCUUCCAGAGGCUGUUGAUUUUGGAACUACAUCUUCACUACAUUUUGUCCACAUGAGAGGAUUGCCUUUCCAAGCUAAUGCCCAAGACAUUAUAAACUUCUUUGCUCUGCUGAAGCCUGUUAGAAUCACCAUGGAAUACAGUUCUAAUGAGAAGGCCACUGGAGAAGCUGACGUGCACUUCGAUACCCAUGAGGAUGCUGUUGCAGCUAUGCUCAAGGAUCGGUCCCAUGUUCACCACAGAUAUAUUGAAUUGUUCCUGAAUUCAUGUCCAAAGGGAAAAUAAGACUUCCAGGGACUCCAGAUAAUAAGGAUGAAGCAAGAAGCAUUUCAUUUGCACAUCUUUCUUGGACGUGGAAUAUAAAGUUCCAGUUUUGUAGCAGCAACUGCUAUAGAAAGGAUUUGGGGGUUUUGGGUUAAUUGCUUAUAAGACAAAUUACGUAGUGGACUGUUUAGAAAGGAAAAGGAAAGAUUCAGUUUGGAAUUAUGAAAUAAACCACAAAUUUAAAUUCUCGUUUAAUCUGUUCAAGAUCUGAUUUAAAAAUCUGGUUUUUAUUACAUAUGAUUAAACAGUUUGUUUUCAUAGGAGAUGUGUUACC